CUCUUUGCAAUACCCUCGGUAUGGUGGCACCAUCGAGUCGGAGCACGUUUGAUUGGGCAUCUACUUUUUGUAAAAUCUUUCUUGAAAGAAGUCUAUGAGAAUUUGCGAAAUAUUCCAGCUGGAAUAUAUCGGAAGUUGCCAUAUGAUAAGGAUGGAAACUAUUUAGAUGGGUGGGGAAAAUUUAAACCACGAUACAAACAAGAGCACCAAGGAAUGUCAACUACACAAGAGAAUGAAAACGAUUCGACUAAAAAUGCUGGAACGAUGGACAUAUUUAACAGGGAACUUACUUUGAAUGAAGUCAUUGAUGUCGCCGUCAAUAGUGAUAUAAAAGAAGAAGAAAAGGAACAAAAGACGCUCGAGACUAACAAAACAUAUAACCGCAUUUGUGGUUCAAUGAAAGACAGACAACUGUUUUCAAUGCUUUGCUACGAAAAUUUUGCAUCUCUCGAAUAUUAUUCCUACAUAAUGUCCGUCCAAUCGUUGACUUCAACGCCAGCUGCCGACGGAGAUCGAAGAGGUAUUGUACCUCUUCAAAAGGGAAUCUGGCGUCAAUUCACGCAUAAAGACAACUUUACGGGAGAUUUCCUAAUACGUUCCUACAUGACCAUGUGCAUUAUGAGACUGGUGCUAUCAUUCGUGAUAUUCAUUGUGCUGUGGAUUAUUUUCAGUCAGUCGUUUGCGCCAACAUUUUCGACAAAGUCAUUCACAUGCGACCUCCCACUUCACAACUUGUGCCUGGUUUGCGUUAUAAAACGACACUGGGAUGUUACAGCAUUGUUCUUAAUCGAUGUAUGCGUCAUUUUUGUAUAUUUCGGUUUGUCAGCAUUUCAGUUUUACUUCGUUAGAUUCGGGUCAAACCGGGCAGUUUGCCACUACUUAGAAGAUAUGAAAGACUCUAUGAGCGUUGCAUUCUUGUCGGCACGGAAAGCCAGUCAAAGAAGACAAAAAAGCAAUCGUAAAUAAUACAAGUCGCAUGUCACAAAUUUGUUCAAUUUUUAAGUGCGCAUCUAACAUUUUAAAUAUCCAAAUUGACAAGUAGCCCACUGAUCAAUAUCAGCCAGUUCGGAAUAGUUUAAUACGAUUUCG